UGAGUACUAAUUUAUCAUGUCUGGGGCAAUAGCGGGUAUAUGCAAUCAGAGUUCAUAAUCGGAAAGUGUGCCUAUAUAAGCCCGCAACCUGCAAUACCUCAGCGGAACAUAGGGACCGGGUGACACAGGACGCGUCUGGGCAACUCUCGUCGAUAACUUUUUAAGUGCUCAACAUGUGGAACAAACUCCUUUGCGCAUGCGUAUGCAUCGCGCUCGCACGUGCUGCCGUGGUACCGGAAGCGCUCCACUACAUCGGCGUUGGCUACAACAUUGUGCGAGGCAAUCCCGAUGGUAACUUCUGGCACACCGGCGGCGACGACCCCGGUCUGUUGAGCACACGAAAAAUCCUGAACCUCUCAAGCGCGGUGGAUGUGCCCGCGGAAAUUGUCUACGAGCAUCACGACCAAUGUCGAGAGGCCCACGAAUUUGUGGUGUUCCACGACACUCAGUCGUACCAGAACAAGCUUAAAGAGCGAGUCACAUCGUCAGGUACCAACAACGACGCUCUGGCAGCCGUAGCAUUCACACUCAGUGCUGGCUACAAGGCCAUCGAACAGCAGACGAAGCGUGACUACUACGUGUUCAUGGAUGAGCAGACAACGUGCACAUCCGGUCAGGCUCGCUACAAGUUGGCGCUUUCCCAAGGCAACCAUUACGGACUUACCGACGAGUUCGCCGCGGCCGUUUGCAGACUGCCUCUCUCUUAUAACUCCACCAUUUACAAGCAAUUUUUGGAGACAUGGGGAACACAUGUGACAGACGCAGUAGAGACUGGGAACGUAGUUAUCAAGCGGUAUAGUUGCCCAUCGAAAGAAUACGUGGAGCACGUGAUGAGUGUGUCCCCCCGCGAUGUCUCUCUUGGUGGCGUAUUUAUGAACCACGCCUCCUCCUUGGUGGUGGACAUGGGCGCCUUCCGGUUCCGGUCUCACUACCGUGACGUGUUCUGCAACCUCACGGAAACCAUAACCCUGGGAAGCGCAGCCAACCCUGAGCCCAUCGGCUACGACAUGACAAUUAUCUCGGAUAUGCUGGAUUCCUCCCACUGGCAGAACGUGGCCGACUACGAGAAGCGAGGCCUCUGUCCGCACAGCAUUGAGGCGGCCUUGACCUACAUGAGGAAGAACCUCGAACAAGCCAUCACGGAGUAUCCCGGGCUCGCAGGAGCGGUUCCACCAGCCUCCUCACCCCUGGCUAUCCCCGUGACCUGGCCCAAGGGUACGUACUCCCUGGCCAAGCCGAAGUCGGGCUGCCCCGCGGGAGAUUUCACGUGGUACGAGGGAUGGAGGCUGCAGGACACCGAGACACAGUCGCCCGACAACGCCUGGUCCCUUAACAACAACAUUGCCGGAAAACUGGAGGUGUCUCAGCUGCAGCUCGAGUAUUGCACGAAGGGAGAGAGCGAGCCAACCGACUUUGACAGGCACUGGCCCAAGGGAGACUACUGUAUUUUCAAGUACGGAGAAUGCCCCGAAGGUUUCGCGGAGGGAUACGUGAAGUGGGACGAUGAGGACAGUCUGAACAGGAACGACUGGCAAGGAGUACUUCCGGACGGCUCGUACGAUCAGGACACGCUCCAAAAAUUCUGCUGCAGAUCUGACGGCAUGCCCACUGAAGCCAUUAUCCUUCCCACGGACAAGCCUUUCUACUUGUUCCAGUACAAACGUGACGUGUGCCAGAAAGUCGCCAACAUGCAUGUGGUCGAGGAGUGGCUGCGCUGGGACGACGAGGAUUUCAAGACGCCCAGCAACUCCGAGAUCGGUUCCGUACAUCCGGGCAUGGAGUUCUGGAACGAGCCCACGGGUGCCAGCGGCAGCGAGAUCUACUACUGUUAUUACUCUCCACAAACUAAAUAAAUGUCCUCUCUAUCUCUGAUUUGUACCUAGGAUCAAAUUGUGUUAUGUGUGGAUCGUCAUCGUUUAUUUUAAAUUUACAUAUUUUACAUUUGCUAAAAACAAGUCGGCCUGGAGCGUUAUCAUUAAAGCGCAAUGCGUGUGCGUAAAGUGUCGUCCCAGAUCAGCCUAUGCAGUCUGCACACGCCAAUCUGGGACGACACUUUCCGUGCUAAUAUACGUUUUGUUUAAAGGAAGUUUCUUCUGAACGAAUAUCCAGUUUAGGAAUAGAGUGUCAUCCCUGUAAGAAUGUGCGGACUUCACAAUCUAAUAUGGAGGGAUACUUAACGCACAAUUUACCGCUUCCCUCGGAUAUAUAGCUUAUGUCUAGGUAGAUGUAACAGGCAUAGAACUGAACUGUAAUAACUCCCAAUCUUCUGACCUUAUUUGAGUAAUACAUUCGUCGCCAAGUGUAUUUUAGAAUAUUCGUGUAACUUAGAAACGAUGUUAUGAAUAUCCCAUAUCAUUUACUGUUAUCUUUGUUUGUCCAAUAUUUAUAGCAACCAUACCGAUAGAAUGUUCCUUAGAUAAGUUUGAAAUAUUUCAUGUCACAUGUCAUGUAAAAUUGUGUUGCUGAAAUAAAUUCUUCACCACACAAAA